AUGGCACUAAAUCCAAAUCGUACUCUAGCUCAGUUCCUUGGCCAUUUGUCCCAAGUCACCGAUUUUCGAAAUGCUGACGGCACCGUUCGCGAUCCGCUCAAGGGUUUUCGCCCCUUCUUGUCUCUUGUGUACCAGUCUGAGUUUGACGACAUGGUUCUCAAGGCUGACGCAGAUGCGUACUGUGCUCGCAACGCCCAAUCCCUCCAGCGAAAGGCUCGUGAAGAAUCCUCCAAGUUGUUCAAGUGCAACAUGAAGCGUGCUCAGUACUCGGACGACGUCGUUGCCGCCAACACCAACGCUCAGGCUUGGUUCGUCAGCAAGUGUGCUGACAUCGACAGCCAGCUGGUCGCUAACAUGACCCGCAUCAAGGGCGGAAAUGCUCUGCUUCCCGUUACGAUUCCUAGCUCGGUGAGCUCAUCGAUGAACUUGACCACUACGGCUAUCUGUUCUUCAGUCAUCUCCGGAUUUGGGGCCAGUUCGGUCCCUGGGUCUACCAGGAACCUCAUGCUGGACCCCAACCUCACAUCCUCUCGGUGUUCUGGGGGGAAUUCCCACCAUAGCACUUGCAGAUACUUCGGUCCCGCUUCGUUGUAG